AUGCCGCUCAAGCGAGGACGGCCCCCGAAGCGCCCAGCUCCCCAUGCCGAACCAGCGAGUCCUGUCGCAUCAAACAAGAAAUUCAAGCUUGAGAAUGAACCUUUGGCCGACCUGCACAACGUCCCCGACGUCAAACCAGGACAUGUCGAGCUCGAUAACGAAAAGUUCAAGCGCGAAACCCGGCCGUUAGACGACUUGCGCAAGCCUCAUCCGUUUGCCGGCGAAGCGGAAGACAAUGGCAUCGUUCUGCGAAAGUACUACCCGCACGAAAUGAGCAACGCUCGCGCUCUAGCCUACAAUAACAAUGAGUUGCCGCGGCCCAUCGAGACGUUGCUGGAUGCCCUCAAAUCUACAACCGAGGAGCGCAAGAAGGUCAAGCCCCGGGAGGCUGUGGUUCACUGGUUCAAGAUGGACCUUCGUACUGGCGACAAUCGCGCCCUGUGGCUUGCAAGUCAGAAGGCCAAAGAGGCUGGGAUACCACUGAUCGGCCUGUACAUUAUCAGCCCGGAAGAUUUCGAAGCACACUUGACAGCUCCUGUGCGCGUCGACUUUAUGAUACGCACGCUCCACGUACUGAAGCAAGACCUCGCUGCCCUGGAUAUCCCGCUUUAUGUCGAAACCAUAGAGAAGCGUAAAGAAAUACCCGAGCGGAUCGUACACCUCCUGGAAGAAUGGAAUGCAAACCACUUGUUUGCCAAUAUGGAAUAUGAAGUUGACGAGUUGCGCCGUGACGCCAAGAUGAUCAGUAUGUGCGCAAAAAAGGGUGUUAACAUGGAGGUCGUUCAUGAUACCUGCGUUGUGCCGCCUGGUAUUCUCACGAGCGGAAGUGGAAAGCAGUAUUCUGUAUAUUCACCUUGGCGCCGCACAUGGAUUGCUCAUGUCCAUGCAAACCCAGACCUCCUGAGCAUCUUUGAUCCGCCAGAGAGGAACCCCCCCGAUGCCCGAGUAAAAGUGGCAGCUCUGUUUGGUUGCGAGAUACCCGAUGUGCCAGGUAACAAGCGACUGUCUGAUGAAGAUGCAAUACGACUGCAUGCCGUGUUCCCAGCAGGCGAACAUGAGGCAAGGGCGAGGCUAGUGAAGUUCUGCGAAGAGAAGAUUGGAGUCUACCAUAAUGCAAGGAAUACGCCAGCAGGUGUCAGCACCUCGAACAUCUCAGUGCACUUGGCAGCAGGAACCCUGAGCGCAAGGUCAGCAGUAAGAUAUGCGCGUGAUAGGAACAAGACCCAGAAGCUUGACGCUGGCAUGGAGGGUAUUCAAACGUGGAUCAGCGAGGUAGCGUGGCGAGAUUUCUACAAGCACGUUCUGGUCCACUGGCCAUAUAUCUGCAUGAACAAACCUUUCAAGCCGGAUUAUUCCAACAUCACCUGGUCCUACAACAAUGCACACUUUGAGGCAUGGAAGACCGGACGUACCGGCUUCCCGAUCGUGGACGCUGCAAUGCGGCAAGUACAGUCGAUCGCAUGGAUGCACAAUCGCUGUCGCAUGAUUGUCGCGUCAUUCCUUGCGAAGGAUCUAUUGCUCGACUGGCGUAUGGGCGAGCGUUUCUUCAUGGAAAACCUCAUCGACGGUGAUUUUGCGUCCAACAAUGGCGGUUGGGGCUUCAGCGCCAGUGUAGGUGUAGAUCCGCAGCCCUACUUCCGCAUCUUCAAUCCUACCCUACAAAGCGAGAAGUUCGACCCCAAGGGUGAGUAUAUCAAGAAAUGGGUCCCAGAACUGCGGGGUUGUACUGAGAAGGAGGUGCACGACCCGUAUGGACGUGGUGCUGGCAAAAAGGUCGAGAAGAUGGGAUAUCCGAAGCCGAUUGUUGAGCAUAAGCAUGCCAGAGAACGGGCCUUAGCUGUGUAUAAAGAGGGCUUGGGGAGGGAUAAGCCUUGA